CCACCACACCGUUUCAUCAUCACCAUCACUCACAAUCUCUCUCUAUAUCUCUCUCUCUCAAGAUCAAGAUUAAAUAUCAAGAUACUUGUAACUCAAGCAUCCAAGAUGACAAUGAGCAUAGUCCAACAAGUUCUUGCAUUUCCUGCAGUCAAGACUGCUCCCACACGUUACUUACCUGACCCAGCGUCCAUCAACAAGCUCCAAAUCCCAACUCCUUCCAAGAAAUCUGAAAAAAGUAAGGGAAAAUCGAUUCUUCGGACCAAUAGCUUCACGGAUGGAGCUAGAGAUCAGAGCAAGUUAGGACCAAAACUUACGGAAACAGUCAAGAGAAAACUAUCCUUAGGAGCUAAGAUCAUUCAAAUGGGAGGCUUAGAGAAGAUCUACAAGAGGCUCUUUAAAGUCUAUGAUGAAGAGAAACUCUUCAAGGCCUAUCAAUGUUACCUAUCAACAACAGCAGGUCCCAUCGCAGGGUUACUCUUCAUCUCCUCAAAGAAGAUUGCUUUCUGCAGCGAGAGAUCUAUCAAAGUGGCUUCACCUCAGGGAGAUCUCACUAGAGUUCACUACAAAGUGUCUAUCCCUCUGUGUAAGACCAAGGGAGUGAACCAAAGUAUGAACACGAAGAAACCAUCUCAGAAGUAUCUUGAAGUAGUCACGGUGGAUGGCUUUGACUUCUGGUUCAUGGGAUUCUUGAGCUACAAGAAAGCUUUCAACUGUCUUGAGCAAGCGCUUUCACUCGAGCAAUAACAAGGAGAAGGUUGAAGAGGAAAUAUUUAAUUUCUAAUUUAACCUAUUAAUAUUCUAUCCAAGAAUGUUAGGAGAAAGCCUAGAAAAUUCAGACAAUAUUGUACAAACUCUUUUUUUUUGAAGUAUUUAAUCAUUUUGUUAUCUAUUGUUGACAAGAUCACAAGAGCAAGAGAUCGAAUAUA